AUGGCCGUCUUCCCCAGCCCCUGCCUCUGUGGGUGUGUGCUCACUCUCAUGCUUCUCCAGCUGCCCUGGCUGGAUUCAGCUCACUUCGACGUGGUCGGGCCCCCGGAUUCCAUCCUGGCCAUCGUGGGUGAAGACGCGGAGCUGCCCUGCCACCUGUCCCCGAACGUGAGCCUGUCGCACAUGGAGCUGCGGUGGCUGCGGGGGCACGAGUCCUCCGCCGUGCUGGUGCACCGUGACGGGCACGCGCAGGACGCGGAGCAGAUGGCCCGCUACCGGGGCAGGGCCGCGCUGGUGCAGGACGGCCUCUCCCAGGGCCGCGUGGCUCUCAGGAUCCGCGGCGUCCAGGUCUCGGACAGCGGGGUGUACCGCUGCUUACUCAGGCAGGGCGACAACCACGGAGAGGCCAGCGUGCGCCUGAAGGUGGCCGCCCUGGGCUCUGAUCCUCAUAUCCAUAUAGAAGUUCAAGACAAUGGAGAGACCCGGCUGGAGUGCACUUCAGCGAGAUGGUACCCAGAGCCCCAGGUGCACUGGAGAACACCCGCAGGAGAGAAGCUUUCGUCUAUGUCAGAGUCCAAGAAUCCUGAUGAAGAAGGCCUGUUCUCUGUGGCAGCUUCAGUGAUCAUCAGGGACACCUCCAUGAAGAAUGUGUCCUGCUGUAUUCAGAAUGUUCUUCUUGGUCAGGAGAAAGAAGUAGAAAUUUCCAUACCAGCUCCCUUCUUCCCACGGCUGACCCCCUGGAUGGUGGCUGUGGCUGUCAUCUUAAUGGUCCUAGGAAUUCUCACUAUCGGGUCCAUAUUUUUCACCUGGAGACUAUACAAGGAACGGUCCAGACAGAGGAAGGAUGAAUUGAACUCUACAGAGAAACUGCUGGAAGAGCUCAAGUGGAGAAAGUCUUCACUGCAUGCAGUUGAUGUGACUCUGGAUCCAGAUACCGCCCACCCCCACCUGGUUCUGUAUGAGGAUUCCAAAUCUGUCCGGCUGGAAGAUGCACGUCAGCAACUGCCUGAGAAGCCAGAGAGAUUUGACUCCUGGCCUUGUGUGUUGGGUCGGGAGGCCUUCACUUCGGGGAAACAUUACUGGGAGGUGGAGGUGGGAGACAGGACCGACUGGGCAAUUGGAGUGUGUAGGGAGGAUGUGACAAAGAAAGGAUUUGACCCCAUAAUUCCCAAGAAUGGGUUCUGGGCUGUGGAGCUGUAUGGAAAUGGGUACUGGGCACUCACCCCCAUGCGGACUCCUCUCCCCCUAGCAGGACCACCCCGCCGGGUUGGGGUUUUUCUGGACUAUGAAUCAGGAAACAUCGCCUUCUACAAUAUGACUGAUGGGUCCCAUAUCUACACUUUCUCCAAUGCCUCUUUCUCUGCCCGCCUCCGACCCUUCUUCUGCUUAUGGUCCUGUGGUAAAAAGCCCCUGACCAUCUGCCCGAUCACUGAUGAGCUUGAGGGAGUCACAGUAGUUGCUGAUGCCAAGGACCCUUCCAAGGAGAUCCCACUGUCCCCCAUGGGGGAGGAUGCUGCCUAA